AUGGCUUCUCCAAUGGACAGUGUGACAGGUCCUGCAGCAAGCGCGCAUCCACCUUCAGAUUCAUCUUCACUUCUGCAUGCUGAAACCAACCCAGCCGCAUGUGACUCAGGCAAUGAGGCUCUACUAGAGUACGUGCAAAGGUCCAUAGAUGAAGACGAAGACUUCGCCUUCAUGCGAUUCGAGGCACUGCAAAGGACAAACAUCGUCGCAUUGCAAACCAAGCUCGUCCGCCUCAAAGAUACCCUACGCAAAGCAAAAGCGAUCUCAAAUGAAGACCUGGAGAGCAUCAGACUGAUCUUAGAACAAUACUCGACCGCCAUCCAGAACUACCACUUCCUCCAUCGCAGAAAAGGAUUGACUAAACAAGAAAGCACGCAGCGCAGAUUCGUCCUGCAACGCUACUUCCAACCCCAAGUGCAUGACAUUUCCGUCUUCAACUCGCACUACUCCUACUUCGACGACGCCGAGCCCCGAACAGACGCUCUCCGCUCCACCCUAAUGCACGCCCUCCCCGCCUGGCUAACCUACUCCUCCAACGAACGCUCCGCCCGACGCCGCGAAUUCUCCGAAGGCAAGCCUCCCAAAGAAGUCUCGCCCUUCAUCGACCGACUCUGUCGCUUCACCAUCGCCGCUGUAGGCGGCUCGUUUCUCGUCGGCCCAAUGCUGAUCAUGGCGAUUGAUUCGUCGACUACAAAGAGUCUGGUGACGGUAUCUGUGUCGGUGCUGAUUUUCAUUGCGGUGCUGACGUUUGGGGUGCGUGUGGGGAAUGUGGAGGCGUUGGUAUCGACGGCGACGUAUGCGGCUGUUUUGGUGGUGUUUGUUGGGUCGAGUACGGGUGGUGGGGGUGGGACGGGGCAGUGA